UCAGCCAAACUGAUAAAACCAAAAUUUACUAGCCACAAGCCACAAUAGUUUCUCCAAGUUUUGCAUAGACAUGGCAACCCAAUCUGGUCUCUUCACUCCCACCACCACCAUCACUGCUCCAAAAACCAACUCGGUUCCACGUUCUUCUUCAUUCUUUGUCGCCACCACUGCAAAGCCUCGCAGUUUUUCUGCUCAAAGAUCUCUCAAAGUUGCUGCCGCUGCAGCUGACGGGAAAACUGACACACCCACGAAAGAGGCACCCGUAGGUUUCACUCCACCGGAAUUGGACCCAAACACACCAUCACCGAUCUUCAGCGGGAGCACCGGUGGCUUGUUGCGUAAGGCGCAAGUUGAAGAGUUCUAUGUUAUUACUUGGGAUUCACCGAAAGAACAAGUGUUCGAGAUGCCAACCGGAGGGGCAGCAAUCAUGAGGGAAGGUCCGAACCUACUAAAGUUGGCUCGGAAAGAGCAGUGUUUAGCUCUCGGCACAAGAUUGAGAUCCAAGUACAAGAUUAAGUACCAAUUUUACAGGGUGUUUCCUAAUGGAGAGGUUCAAUAUCUUCACCCUAAAGAUGGAGUUUAUCCUGAGAAAGUGAACCCUGGUAGGCAAGGUGUAGGAGUUAACUUGAGAUCCAUUGGGAAAAAUGUUAGUCCUAUUGAGGUCAAGUUCACUGGCAAGCAACCUUAUGAUAUAUGAUGAAUUGUUGGGAUGAUCUGUUUGUUGUUGGAUCUUGAAAUGUACUUUUUAAUGUUCAUAGAAAUGUUUGGAUUAUGAAAAUUUAUUAUAUUAUGCUUGGAUAA